AUGGCUGCAGCAACACUGAUCCGCCAAGCGCUACCUCAGCUCGACGAUCCCGUGGUUGACUACCUCGAUGGCUACAUCGAAGAUGCCGCCGAUGACCCCACCGAGGAUCUCUUCGAGAUGAUCGUCAAGCCCAUGCUCGAGUCCGCCUGCAUCUCGGAUCCUUCUUCUUCCAAGCAGGUCAGCGCUCUGCUACCAAAGCUGCUCGAGCUCAUCCAGUCCAAGCUCCCUGAAGACGCCGACGCUGCCAAUGGCUCUGGCCUCACCCGUCUCGACAAGGUCGUCGACAUGCGCAACACCGAAAUGUCCCGCACUUCCGGCUUCGACUCGGCCGGCGGUGUCGACAUUGCUCUCGGCACCACCAAGCAGAACCGCUCCACCGUCGAUGUCAAGAAGCUCGAGAAGCAGGAAGCGAAGACGCGUGCCAAGCUCGCCAAGCGUGCCCAGCGCGACCUGUACGAAUCGAGCAAGCUGGUGCAGCAGUCCAAGCAACAGGCGAGCUACGAAGAGCUCUUCCUCAAAGUCAACCCGAUCGAGAGCAUCGGCAACAAGGGCAAGAACAAGGACAUUCAUCUGCCCAACAUUGACGUCAACUUUGGCAGCAACCGCAUCCUCUCCAAUGCCACACUCACCAUCAAAGCCGGUCGCAGAGCAGGUGUCAUCGGCCGCAACGGUGUGGGUAAGUCGACGCUACUGCGCAACAUGGCGCUGCGAGAGGUGCCCAUCCCCAUGCAGAUCUCCAUCCUCUAUGUUGAGCAGGAGAUUGUCGGGGACGACACCUCUGCGAUCGAAAGCGUGCUCAAGGCAGACGUGUGGCGAGAGAAGCUCAUGCAGGAGGAGGCCGAGAUCAACGCAGAGCUUCAGAAGCUCGAAGACUCUGCUGCGGCCGCCGUGGCUGCCGCCAAUGCGGCUGCUGCUGCCGAGGCGAAUGGAGACGAUGCAGCAGCGGGUCUCUCACGCGGUUCGGCCGUCGACAUGCCCACUCGACAGCGUGAGAUCAAGCGAGAGGAGCUCUCCACCCGUCUCGGCGAAGUGCAAGCCAAGCUUGUCGAAAUGGAGGCUGAGACCGGUCCCGCUCGAGCUGCCUCGCUGCUCAACGGUCUCGGCUUCAAGACGGAAGAUCAACAGCGAGCAACCAAGACCUUCUCUGGUGGUUGGAGGAUGCGUCUGGCGCUCGCACGUGCGCUCUUCUGCAAGCCCGACCUGCUCAUGCUUGAUGAGCCGUCGAAUCAUUUGGAUCUCAACGCGCUCGCAUGGCUUGAAGACUACUUCGUCAACGACUACGAAGGCACUCUCUUGGUUGUAUCGCACGACCGAGCGUUCCUCAACCGUGUCGCCACCGACAUCAUCCACAUGCACAGCGAGAGGCUCGACUACUACACGGGCAAUUUCGACCAGUUCUACCAGACCCGAGAAGAGCGACGACGCAACCAGCAGCGCGAGUACGAAGCUGUUCAAAUGCAGCGUGCGCAUCUGCAGGCGUUCAUCGAUCGAUGGCGUGUCAAUGCCAAUCGUGCCGCACAGGCGCAGAGCAAGAUCAAACAGCUCGAGAAGCUGCCCAACAUCGAACCGCCGGAGGACGACGACGUGGUGCACUUCCGUUUGCCGGACACAGAGAAGCUGCCGCUGCCCCUACUGCAGAUCAGCAACGUCACCUUCGGCUACCGACCGGAGAAGCUGCUGCUCAAGAACGUCGACUUCGAUAUCACGCAGCAGAGCCGUGUCGCUGUGGUGGGUCCCAACGGAGCAGGUAAAUCGACGCUGAUGAAGCUGCUCAUGGGCGAGAUCACACCCAUUCAAGGCGACCAAAAGAGAAACGGCCGUCUUCGCGUCGGCUUCUUCUCGCAACACCACAUUGAUCAGCUCGACCUGAACGCCAACCCUGUCACCUUCCUCGCGUCCAAAUACCCUGGUCAGACGGAGCAGGAGUACCGCUCGCAUCUCGGCGCGUUCGGUAUCAAGGGCAUGACGGGUCUGCAGAAGAUCGCGACGCUGUCCGGAGGUCAGAAAUCGCGUGUCGCUUUUGCGCAUAUCAGUAUGAUGCGCCCGCAUGUGCUGCUCCUCGAUGAGCCGACCAAUCACUUGGAUACUGAGGGUCUCGAUGCGCUGUGCGAAGCCAUCAAGAAAUUCAAUGGCGGUGUGAUCUGCAUCUCGCACGACGAAACGUUCAUUAACAACUGCAUGGAACAGCUGUGGGUGGUGGACGACGGCAAGGUGGAGAAGUUCCACGGCGAUGUCGCCGAGUACAAGCGGAUCAUUUUGGGCAAGAACAAGCAGGCGGCGCGACCAUAG